AUGUCGGGUUAUGAAAAAUGCAUUAAUGUCAAUCAUCUACUAAGAAGCAUUUUACGUAUUUUCCUGGACGUAUCACACUGUUUUGUGUUAAGAGUGAAGCAUACAGAACUUCCUUUGCGUAACCACGACGUUUCCACUCUGAACGAAAUUGUCAAUCAUUUCAUCAGAAUUUUGAAUAACCUGAUAGAAGUUUUGAUUCCAAAGCAAUGGAUUGACUUCGACGAAGAAUUGUCAUUCCUUAGUAUUCUAUCUGAAUUAGUCCAUAUAUUUGGCACAAGUAAUGACAAAAACCUAAUCCUGCAAGAGAAAACAGAUGGUAUAUCUGAGAGAUUGAGGGAAAAGGCUGAACUGUUGUUCGAACUUCGAACCCAUGAAAAGAAAAUUGCCACUAUACAACGUGAGAUAAUGAGUGAAUACUUUCAAAGAAUACAAGACACCAUAAUGGAUGUUCAGUUAUUGACUUUAGAAACAAUAGUGACUGGAGAAAAAUUGGAAUUUCAGAAACCUUUGAUUAAAUUAAUAAUAGACAAAACAACAUAUGGCGAUUUCAGAGACACUUACAUCAAUGAUAACAUGAAGAACUCAAAUAUUCUUGGAUUAGUUAACCUGAAUAAUACAGUCGACAAUCCAAAUACCUUACUGAAUGUAAUGGUUAUUGUAUACAAAAGAAAUCCAUUUAUAUUUGGUGGAAAUUCCAGUUCCCUGACGUCAGAUAUAUUUGUUUUUCACUUUGGAAACAACAUGGAUAAUGAUUAUUUACAGCUAGAACUAAACUUAGAAAACAAAGUUAACAACACGAAUAAUUCAUCUCUUCGAUUAUUCCAAAGACAACCGGCCAAUGACCUGAUAUUUUACAAGUUUACUGUUUCAAAUGAUGAUGACGUAACAAUAAUUUUUCUAAAGCCACAGAAUUUUACUGUGGACUUGUCUACCCUCUCUUUGUUUGAAAUAUAUAUUUCUGACAAACCAUAUCCUUCAAACUCCUCGAUGAAGGAUAACGACUUCCAAGCGUCCACCUCGGUAAGAAACUGGGAUGAAGACUAUGGAUUUAAAGUUUUUGUUCCGUCGGGUGUGUGUUUGAAAGGCGACUGUUAUCUCGGAAUAAAACCUUUAGGAGUUGCUGAACUUGUUCAAGACUUGGAAAGAAACCACGAACACAAUGAAACUAUGUCUCCUAACUUUCAGCUUCUAUUAAUAACCACAACUUGCAGAUCAUGGGACAGAGCUAAAGAAGCCUGGAUAUCUGAUGACUGCACUGUACUAGAAAUGUCAACAAUCAACAAUACCGUAUGUAGGUGUCCCGGCAAUACUUUCUCUACAACGUUUGUCGUUCCACCGAACACAAUAAAUUUUCUGACAGUCUGGGGGAAGUUUGAUCCAAAGAAUGGGGCUGUGUAUGGUUCGCUGAUCGUGUUAGUGGUGUUUUAUGUAGCAGCAUUGCUUGUCCUGAAAAGGGAAGAUAAAAAAGAUAUGAAUAGGGCAUUUACGACAGGAAGUGUCAGGACAUUUCUGUUUGGAACAAAAUCAACUUUGGGGACUUUGCAAUAUUUAAGAAUAUGGCACGAUAAUUCUGGAAAGGGGGGUCUUCAAGACUGGUUCCUAAGCAAUAUCGAAAUAAUAGACCUCCAAACAAAUGAAAAAUAUAUAUUUCUUUGUGAUAAAUGGUUGUCCCUAUACAAAGAUGACUGUCUCAUCGACAGAAUAAUCGUAGUAUCUACCGUAGAGGUGGCAAAGUCAUUUCAAUUUCUUUUCCCGAAGAAUUUACAAAUCAAUAUAACAGAACAUCAUAUGUGGUUGUCACUAGUCUACCGUCCCAGGAAAACUAAGUUUACCAGAGUACAAAGGCUAUCAUGUCUACUUGCGCUUCUUCAUUUGAACAUGAUAUCAAAUGCAAUGUUCUACAAGUCACCAUCGGAAGACACAUCGAAUAAUUAUGUUCAGUUUGGAGGUUUUCAGUUUUCGCCAUCGGUACUUUACGUUUCUCUUAUGAGCAUAAUUAUCACAACUCUGCCUGUGCUACUAUUGUCAAUGCUUUUCCGCAAAAGGAAGAUUAAAAAGUGUUUGCGUACCGAUUCAGAAGAAAACAAAAAUUGGUCGGGGAUUCCUUCAAAAUUCAUAAAAGAAAAAGAAGAUGGUUUACCCUGCUGUGUUGUCUAUGUUGCAUGGAUCUUUCUUGCGUUGACUGUGUUGAUUUCUGCAUUUUUUCUCCUUUUAUACAGCAUGGAAUGGGGAAAAGAGAAAUCUGAAGAAUGGCUGUUGUCAUUCUUUUUGUCUUUCUUUGAAUCCAUUGUUUUAGUGGAUCCUGUGAAGGUUCUCUUGAUGGCUGUUUUAUUUGCAACACUGUUUAAGACAGCCAUGUCUGAGGAAUCGUCAGAUAUUUCUUUGCAGAAACUUAAGAAAUACUCGAAUAAACGGAUCUUGCCUAACAAAUACGAGUUCGCAGUUUUUGCCAGCAAAAUACUCUCCAAACAAGAACCCCUUGGAGAAGAAGAAAUAAUAAAAAUCAAAGAACAACACGAACAAGAAAAGAGAGUAAAGAAAGCCGUUAAAAGUCUUGUUUUAAAUGCUGUUUUUCUCUUAGCAAUCUACACAAUCAGCUUUGUUGAGAGGGAUCCAAACUCUUAUUCUUACAAAAACAAUGUGGGCAAUUAUCUUCAUACCGCUGACUUGUCCUCGAUAAGACACAUACCAGAUUUUGUCAGUUGGAUAAAUAAUACCUUCAUUCCGAUACUCUAUCCAGAAAAAGAUUAUACAGAUAAUGAACUUGAUGUCUUGGAAAAACAAUGGUUUGCAGACCGGGCUAGUAUAAGAGUUGGUCCUGCCCAGCUGCGCCAAUUAAGAAUGAAACCAGAUGCAUGUCCUGUUAUGACAAUAGCUCCAACGUAUCCAUGCUACAAAUAUUAUUCCAUUGCUAAAGCUGAUACAUCACAGUACUGCAUAGGGUGGGACAAUCUGAAUCCUUCCUGUGCAGAAAAGACAGAAAGUGACCGGUAUUUUACCAAAACGUCAUGGAUUUACACCAGUGCCGAAGACAUCUGGGGAAUACCAUAUACCGGGGAGUAUAAUACUUAUGAUGGUGGAGGAUACCUUAUAAAAUUUACAAAAGACAGAUAUCAAGCUCGUAUGAUGUUGAAUGAAAUUAGCAAUUUCAACUGGAUCGACAGAGGCACCCGAGCAGUGUUUGUAGAAUUCACCCUAUACAACCCGAAUUCAAAUAUGUUUAUCACUUCAAAAUACCUAACAGAAUUUCUUGAGACAGGGGGUAUUUUUUCAACUAUAGAAUCACAAGCUUUUCGUCCAGUGGCAUUUGUGAGUUCAUCAGAGUCUGGCAUUAUAUUCUUUUAUCUCGUAUUUAUUGCCUAUCUCAUAUAUUUAUUUGUUAAAAUCUUAAACAAACUGAGACAAAGAGGGUGUUUUAAGUUUAUAAAAGUCCCAUGGAAUUGUGUAACGUUGGCGAUAUUGAUACUGGGGGUUAUAUCAAUUUGUCUAUACAUUGUACGUGUAAUUUAUGCACAAAAGGCAAUGCAGCUCUUUCAUGAUGAUAAAUUGACUGACGCAAAUCAGUUUAUUAACUUUAAUCACAUCAUUAUCUGGGAUAAUGUUUUGAAUGUCGUGUUUUCGCAAGUCAUUUUUCUUUCAACCAUCAAACUUCUCAAAGUUCUAGGUUACAACAGGCGGCUUACACAAGUGAUUUCUGUCAUCUCUAAUGCUGGCUAUGAUAUAUUAGGUUUUAGUAUCAUUUUCAUCCUAGCGUUUUUUGGUUUUGUGAUACUAGGCACUUUGUUACUUGGUGGUGAGCUUGAGGAUUUUAAAUCUUUUCUGUAUACUUCUGGAACUUUAUCUAACAGUUUUAUUGGUAAGAAUAAACUAAGUUCUAUGAUAAAGGUUGCUCCAGUUCUUGCACAAGUUUUCUAUUUCGUGUACAGUGUCUGUGUUAUUAUGACUUUGGUGACGAUUUGUGCAGCCAUUCUGAAUUCAAGCAUUUCUGAUGUUAAGUCCACUGUCCAAAUGGAAACUGAUAAAUUUGGAAUUUCUCACAUGAUCAGAAAGUUGGUGUACGAUCUGUUUGGUGCUAAACUCAAAGGGAACAAAAACAGAAUGGAAUUAUACAGGCCAGGCAACCUGAACGAAUUUAUUCGAAAUGGAGACUUCAGUACACCUAAUGUCGUCAAGCUUAUCCGUGGCAGUUUUUAUGAAGUUGAUGACAAGUGCAAUUCAUUAUCAAAGGAAAAGUAUCGACAAACUGGUGACGAUGUCCUGGGGUCAAAAUUAGACUGUGCCACUGAAGAUGUAAAGACUGCAAUGACCCCAAGGGACCAAGAGAAGUUUGUGACCGAUGUCAGUGAUAAAUUUUGCAGUAUUCAGCUCAAGUUUAUCUAAGAUUUGAAGAAUUAUAUCUUGUUCACAAAAGGAAAAGACAUGGUACAAAGUUUUAGUGUAGGGCUUUUUUUUUUUUUUUUUGCAUCCUCAGAAUCCUAUGUCUCUACUUCUUUAUUAAUUAAAGACAGUUGGGUAUGUUUACUGUACACAAGGCUAUUUCCACCCCUUGUAAUUUUUGACCGAUUGCUCCUGCAAUUUCCCCAGUUUAAAAUAUGCCCAAUCCGCCCACCACUUACGACGAGGGCAAAAGGGACGUAAAUUUCCUGUGUACAGUAAUUAAUAAUAUUAUACUUUCAUGUAAAUUAGUUGAAUCUGAUUCGUCGCGGAGCAUUUGUUACAAAACACUAUUACCCUGUGAAUUGUAAAACCACUCCCUCCAUCGUGAUAGAACGUAGCAACAGUCAUCAUUGCUUGUCGACGGGUGAUACUCAAAAAAAAUAUUGACUGCGCAGAAAUUGUGCGCGCACGGUUCACUGUUAUAUGUAUUGGUAUAAAAGAUCCAGUAUAAUAUAUCAUAAAUAUUGCUUGUAGUUUAC